AGCCAGCAAAAAAGACAACAGACAAGUCAAGCGCCAAGAAGCGGAAAGCGCAAGCUGCUGGAUUGGAUGAUGAAGGGAGUGUUGCUGGCUCCGAAACCGCGGGAGGUGCGCGUAAGGCGCCACAAAAGACACAAACGAGCAUGGAGAGUCCGGUCAAGAAGGAGAGUAAGAAGGCGAAAAAGUCGGAAGCCAAACCCAAGGGCCCUGUGGAUGUCGAGAGGCAAUGUGGUGUGCCGUUGCCACAGUGUGGACUGUGCGCACGCAGUUUGACGUGCAAGUCGCACUCAAUGGGGAGCAAGCGUGCUGUUGCUGGACGAACUCAGCCUUACGACAUUCUCUUGGCGCAAUACCAGAAAAAGAACCACGCCAAACUAUCACUCAAGGCAGCAGCCGAUCAAGCCUUUCAAGACACAGACGAGGGCAACCUGCCAGUUGACUCGGAUGAGGAAGUGGCGGCUGUCAUGGAAGCCAUUAGCCGCGCCACUCAAAAGUCAGCACAGAUGAAGGCUCUCAUGCCGGUCCGCCGCAGGCAUCGGUUUCUCAAGAUGCGGGAGCUGAUGAGUACUGCGCUGCGGCAAGGACAAAGUGGCAACCUUGCAAGUCAUGGCAAGUUCAUUCCUUUUCAGUGCUCCUAGACAUAAGCAUUCUUGCCAUAUGGAGGUCUUGCCUAUCCUCUGCGCAUUCUUCCCUUCUAUCUAAAGACUUCAGAGCCCUGUAAAAGUCUCUCUGCAAAAGUCAAUACAGUAUUUGCGGAAUACAUGUGCGCACUGCAGACAGGAGACAUACAAGGCAACAAUCGAUGAGAAAAAUAACAGCAUGUCGCCCUGCACAUCGUCAUUGGAGUAUUUCAAUUCCUCAAUACCUUGUGCACAUGCCUUUAUGCCCCAUUGCCCCU